AUGGCGGGAGACUCGUCAUCAAACGGCGCAGUCGCCCAGCACGUAGACUGGUCGGCCCUCCGAGCCUACAUUGCCGGCAAGGAAGCUUUCGAGGCAGAACACGGCCGCCCCGCCCCGCUCACGGAUCACGAGGUCUCGGCCAUUGCCAUCCUCCUCCGUCCGGCCCCGCGACCGGAACCGGACUUGGGUAAAACGAACUGGCUUGGCCUGUUGAAUCAUUUCCAACAAGUCAGAAACCAAAAGGUAACCUUCACCGACGAAGCCCGCCAGGAACAAGGCCAAGGCAAGGCCAAAGAGCUCCGCUGGGCCUGCUCAGCAACCUUUGACAGCACCGGCGAUGUCUUUCCCCAGCCAGGCUAUGGUAUGGAAGCCGGCGAAGACGUCUCCCGCGGCGGUGUCGGCCCGUCCUUUCCUGGCAAGAAGGACGCGAAGCAGUGGGCCGCCAAAGCAGCGUGCGAAUGGCUUGCUGACAACGGGCACAUGAUGCCCUCGGGCGAUCUGCCAAAGUUUCCCAAGCCGUUCGCUCCAGCUGCCGGUGCUGCGCUUGCUGUUGCGGCUUUUACUUCUACUUCGGCUCCUGUUCCUGCUUCUGCUUCUGGUCGCGGAGUCUCAUCCGGGUCAGUCCUACCCUCCAAGAGAUCUCCGCCGAGCUCGCCGCCAACAGAAAGCAGUGCCACCGCAUCAAGGAAGAAGCAGGAUACAAACCAACCCCCAAAGACAUCUCCAUCGCCACCAGCUCACGCACCCAACUCUACCGCAAGCAACAGCAUCAUCAGCAGUCUUCCCAGUCACCAAGCACCGCCACCCACCAAUCCCGUCAAGGCCCCGAAACCAACUCUCCCCCUCAACGUGACAGCAUCACCAGCCUCUGCCGCUGCCCAAGACUCAACGACGACAUCUACGGCAAGCACACCCUCCCUCGGCGGCGCCGGCGUCCCCAUCACCACUACCGGCGCCGCCACAGCGCAGUCUCAGGUUCCCACGCCGGCAAUCUCUCCUGUGCCAACCUCAACACCGGCACGGGUAUCAACACCUACAACACCAGCACAAGAAUCGGCAACGACGACAUCAGCAGAGAAACGCGUCCGCGACCUCUGCACACAGCUUCACUUCCCCGUUCCGCGAUACGUCUUGACGACGGACCCGGCACUCGAGGACUUUUGGGACGGUCGCGCCGACUUUGACGGCGACCCGCGGAUCCCGGACGAUUUGGGCACCGUUCGGCGGGUGUUGCACAAGAAGGCUGCGAGGGAGAGGAUGGCAGAUGCGAUUGUGAUUUGGUUGGAGGGAGAGGUCGAGAAGAGGGAGAGGACGGCUAAGCUUCUGCUGGGAAAGUGA